UGCAGUGACGUGACCACCAAUCAAUGACAUCAUUGUCAAUAGCAGCGCCAUCGAGUGUCGAAACGUCAUUAGUGGCAACAACUACGGACGCUGGAGGGGGACAAUUGGACGAGAUGGCAGAGCGACAUGCCGCCGAGGAGAUGGAGGCCAAACAAGAGCCAGCAGCUGGUACAAAAGUGAUAAACAACAAUAACCCAAUAACCGAUAUUGUAAAAGAAACUAAUGCAAUGACGGCUGCAACAGCAAUAGCAACAGCAACCGCAACAACAAGAACAGUGACAAUGACAACAACACCACCACUCACUAGUGCAAGUAAAAUACCACACUUGCAACAACAGUCGUCGCCGCAGCAAUCGCCACAGUACACACACGGCCGCCAGUUGAAACAGUUAUUGCACUCACCCGAUUUAUUGCGACGUUCCGCGUCACUGCGCGUGCGCGGUUCAAAAUCAAAUCUCUUCAACGAUUACCGUGGCCACUAUAUGGAAAUGGAACGCAGCACGCGCCACUUGAGCAACGCCACGCCGCAUACGGCCAACACCCGCUACAAUCACCCGCUGAUGGGGGCGCUUGAACAACAGCAACAACAACCACAGCCAACAAUGCAACGUGACACACACGAACCGCGCAACGCUGCCAACGCCACCACAGCCGGUUCGUUUGGGGGUGUUGUUGCUGUUGCAACGCGUCGCAAGGCCGCCGUAUUACUGCCUGGUUCAACAUUGUCUACGCAAACACCCGCUGUCACAGUUGGCAAUCUGACGCGUUCGCAAUCGUUGCGUCGUAGUUAUCUAAAUCAUCAAAACAACUAUUACGCGCAGCAGAAAACUUUCAAAACGGAUGCACUAAAGGAUAAAAGUGCCGGAGGCGUCACAGCAAUUGGCUCUGGAGCAGAAACAACUGGAGCUGAUGUGGCAAUUACAGGAACUGUAGGUGCUGAUAAUGUGGCGCCUCUAAAAACAAGUACACAGCGUGAACAGCAGCAGCCUGCUGUUGGUGAAAAUUAUGCCGUCCCAAAUGGUAGCGUGCAAGGCAAUGACAUAACGUACAAAAUGGACGGUGUUGAUGGUGGAGUUGGAGUUGGCGAGCUGCGGCGGAUUGACAGGGAUAUGCAGAAAAUGUUUGGAAACGCAUAUCUCUUGAGGCUGGGAGUUACGAGUUCUAUUGAUUUUCUGACGCCUGUAUCGCAAAAUUUCUCUUUGAACCUGAACGGCAGCGGCGGCGAACGAUCGACAACGACUACGACGAAAUCAACAGCAACAGCAGCAGCAGUAUUAGCAGCAGCAGGUACCACACCAACAGGAAGCGGAAGUGCCGGCAAUAGGAUCGCCACAGCCUCGACACCGAAAACGCCCAAUAACGCUGCAGCAGGCACUACCACACUCUACGUGAAAUCUUCGCCAACGACCGCACAGGAAACGACCAAAUUAACGCCAAAGACACCACCCGUGACACCGGAUUCGCCGUGCACGUAUCUGGACGAUGAUUUAGAUUCGAUGUAUUCAUUUGCGACCACCACAUCGGGCCGUUCGACCAUAUCCUGUGAGCAUCCGUAUGUUGCGCGCAACGGCACUACGUUCAGCGGCCGCAAGAUGAAAUAUGUCGUCCAUUGCUCCAAUUAUGCCGGCCAAGUGGGUCCCGACUAUUUAACGCCCACACAGCGUGCCGCACGUCAGGUACGUCGCCUCAAGGAGUUGCUUUGCUUGGCGCGUCAAGAUCUUGAGCAGAAGGAUUCCGAAAUAUUGCGUCUCACACGCGAAGUUGUCGAGCUGCGCCUAUUCAAAGCCUCGCUGAGUUCACCUGAGGAGCGUUCUGCCUCCAGCGAUGCCGUCACUGUGCGCGAAGCCGAACUGAAAACGUCGCAAGAUGUCUCACCCAUUGUUGAUAUGGUCGAUGAUGCAACCAAAUCCAGUCCACGUCACAUACCGAAUCAGCAUCAUUUGCAUGCACACAGCCAGCAUUUGCAUCAUACCAGCCAGCAGUUGUCGUCGGAAAUGCAAAGUUCCUUUGCCGAUUCGGGUCAUUUUGAGGAUCUUUCAGUGCAUUCGAAAGAUUCGUCGUAUGUUGCUCAUACGCAGGAUAUUGCAUGUGGCAGUGAUGAGGCAAUUGGUGCGGCGGCAGGCGGUGUAGUUCAUCAUGAAAGUUGUGCUGCUGGUGGUAACGGCGGCACUGUUGACGAAGAGGAAGAUUACGCUGCCACCAUGAAGGCCUAUGAACUGCAAAGACAAGAGCUUUUACGCAUAUAUGAACAGAAAAUUGAAGAAUUGAUUUGUACACAAGAUAGCGCUAGCAGCGAAAUGAAGCGUUCACAUAACGACAAAGUGGAGGCAUUACUGCAAAAAUUGGCCGAGUGUAAUACACGCUAUGCCGAUAUUGUGCCCGACUAUGAGCACGCCAAAGAACGUGUUAGAGAAUUGGAGAAGCACUUGGAAGACUUGCAGCGUAAGCUGGCCGAACAUGAGGAGAAACAAAAUAAAAUGUAUCUGCAUAUGUACCAGAAGGGACAGGAGGCGGAACGAAUUGCUCGCGCCGAUCAGGCUCUCGAAUUGGCACAUCGAGCACCGGAUAAUAAAGUAUCUAUCAAUGAGUUGCUGCAUCAGUUGCAAAGUACCCAAGAUGAAUUGGAAAAUAUACGCGCAGCUGGGUGUAGAAAAGAAAGCGGCAGUAAUCAUGCUCUCCUUACUGCAAAAGAAGCAAUUUCGUUGUGGGUUCUUGGCGCCCGGAAGACAAUUUAUCGGCGACUGUUGGAAGCGCAAAAGAAUCGCACCCACGUAGAUCCGGAGGUGACGUUGCAGUUCCUCAAGAGCGCCAUUUACUACUUCUUGACCGACAAGGAGAACUCACAGGGCCACUUGCAGGCCAUCGAGAGCAUUUUGGAGUUCACCGAAGCGGAAAAGCAGAAUAUCAACAAAGCGCGUACGGUCAAGUAGUGCAAGCGAAUACUUUCAUUAUAGUUGAAGGCAUACAAAAUAUGGAAGUUAAAAAUACACACAUAUGUGACACGUUAAAUGCAAACAUACACACUACGAUACCUACAUACAUACAUAGAUACAGCGUUUAGUUGGCGUAAACGAAAUUCUUAGAAAGACAAAAAGUAAUAGACGCAUC